GUCAGUAGCAUGCGCGGUUGCGGAUCCUUUUAGUCGACAGCAAUGUGACAAGUACGUGUGAAGAAAACUCGGUUCAAUCGCACGCAAAGCCACCCAAGCUGCAAGAGACGGCUGACGGACCUUGCAGAAUGAGCUCCAAACACAGCCCUGCUAAAGUUACUCUGGGCAUGAUAAAAGGUAAGCCGAUCACCAUGUCCGUACCUGUGAUACGUUAUCACGCCAGUGAGGAGGAGCUGGAAGAGCUGUACCCAAGUUGCAGGGACGAUGAAAAACAACAGCUGACUCCGGAGUCGGAAAAACCUUCGCCUAAUAGAUCCAGUCCCGAAGAAGGAAGCUUGGUGGAGCUGAGGCGUUCGACUAGUAUGGAUGAAAGCUUUCCCGAAGGUCUGCUGACUCCAGCAGCAGCAUCGGAUCCGUGGAAAGUAUUGUCAGACAUCAGAGGUAAAAUCACCAAGACAUUCGAAGAGAAAUUGCACGAGAUAAAGAGCGAGAAAAAAAAAUCGAAGCACGAGCGAAGCAGCAGAGACACUUCGAGUGUCAGCGAUUACGAAGAUUUAGCGGGCGAUGCAACCCCAACCGAAGAACAAUACGAGAAGGAAGAGAAACGCUUUGCUAGCUCGUUGAGAAAACGGUCAACGCCGCAUUCGUCCCGAUUCGUAGGAUUUUCGUAUAUCAAGACUGGAUUGAAGGAUCAAAAGUCAGCGGAAGAAGAGUGCGUCGAAAGUGGCAUCGAAGCAGCCGAAUUGACUUGUGAGUGCCCGAGUCCGGAUGUCGAUUCGUCGAUACAGCGGAUAAUGAAAUCUGACCAGCUGUUUAUUCAGCUGAAAAAUCGAAUUUACGCGCAAUUACUGCUGUUGGUAAUCGUCGUUUGCUGCUGCUAUUUCAUACCGUUGCCUAAAUAUUUGAUGGGCCUCUGGGCUGGCAUUUUCGUUUCAUUUAUGCUCCAAAGAGCUUACACGACUGUGCACAAACUGUUGAGCAUUCCCGUGAAGCCGUCUUGCACAGUUCCGGUCUUGGAAGUUGCAGCUGUGGAAGAGCACGCUGUGGUGGAAAAAUUCGAGGGAUGGCUGAAUGAACUGCCGUAUCGUUACGAGCCGGACAAUUAUCACGUAGCGCGCACAAAGCCAGUGUUUUUCAAAUUGGAAGGAGACGUUCUUCAGGUAAUGGAAAGCAGAACUAGAAUUGCCAAAAGGGCAAUCUGGGAUGAGGCUAAGCUCAAGCCCAAGUUCACGAAGAAGAGAGCGUACAGCUUGGCUGGAGCGAAAGUCGAGCUGCUUCCAUCGGGUCUCAUAAGGCGUCGGCGAUGGAGUAAGAAGUACCCGAUAUGCGUGACUUUUGACAAAGACACCGCUCUGAAGGAAAAUAGCACGAUAGACAAUUCCUCGGACGACGAGCCGCAAUUGCUGGACAACGAGAAGGGUCGAAUCAUCAUGGAAGAGGACGAGACCGACGACGAUUUUUCUCAGUCUAGAGAUAUUUUCGAAGACUGUCGGGAUGAAGACGUUAACGAAGAGGAAAUGCGAGUGAAAAUAUACAUUUUCGCCAGAACCGAUCGUCAGAAGGAAGACUGGUUCAGGCGUUUGGCUGCCGCAUCGCAACUCGGCAGCAAAAGAAGCUCGAUCUCGAGUUUAACAAUAGCGCAAAGUAGCAGCGAAUCGAAAGCAGCCACGCCGUCCGCCACUGAAAUGUCGUCUGUCCUGACUCACCAAGCUUACAUGGCUCGAUACACAGAGGUGGCUGAGUUACCAUCAGCUGGCAUGAGUCACGAUGGCCUCUGGAUAAAUGCUCUACUCGGUCGAAUUUUGUUCGAUAUGCACAAGUCUCCAGAUACCAUAAGCGUAAUUCAAGACAAAAUACAACGAAAACUCUCCAACAUCAAGCUACCCUACUUCAUGGAAAGUCUAUCGGUAUCAGAAUUGGUCAUAGGCCAAGGCGCUCCAAUCAUACAUAACGCGACAAAGCCUACGAUGGACGAACGAGGACUGUGGUUCGAUUUGGAUAUCACUUACGAAGGCAGCCUAACUAUGACUAUCGAGACGAAACUGAAUUUGAUGAAAUUGAAGAGAGCCAAUUCAAGUCCCUCGAGUUGUAGCAUGAGCGAUAUUUUACGAAUCGAUAAGCCAGCAGCUCAACCUGCCAAGUCUCCCAUGUUCGACAGCGACGUCGAAGACAGUCCCGAAACGUCGACGGAAGACGAGGACAGUGCAGCCGAAUUAUUGACGCACAAGCCAACGACGAGCCAACAAUCCUCGGGGAAAAAGUUUCUCAGCAUGGUGGACAAGCUGGCGUCCAACAAAUACUUUCAGCACGCUACCGAAUUGUCCUACGUCAAGAGGGCCAUGGAGGGAGUUUCCAAUACGGAGAUCAGACUGAUGGUCAGCGUAUCCAGCAUCGAGGGCUGCCUAGCCGUCAACAUUCCGCCACCCCCCUCGGACAGGCUCUGGUACGGCUUCAAGCCCGUGCCGAAAAUCAAUUUAUCAGCGAAACCGGCAGUCGGAGAGAGAGCCUUCAAUAUUAAUUACGUUACCAAAUGGAUCGAGACGAAGCUGUUGAGGGAGUUUGAAAAAAUCGUCGUCAUUCCGAACAUGGACGAUCUCGUGAUUCCGUUGUGUCCAAACUAUCCGUACGCGCGCUGAGCUUCCACUGCGCGUGAUUUUUCUAAAACGUGGGUCGGCUGUGACUAAGACUAGAGUUGAGUUUUCUACUGACGAGAUGAAGUAUUGUAUUAAUUGUAUAAAUAUAUAUUUUUGUUGAAAAGAUUUA